CUCAUCUCUCCCAAAUCCCCACCCCCAAAAUCCCCCAAUCCCCCAACCUCUCCGAGUCGAGCGAGCGACCAUGUCUGGGCGCGGCAAGGGCGGCAAGGGGCUGGGCAAGGGCGGCGCGAAGCGUCACCGCAAGGUCCUCCGCGACAACAUCCAGGGCAUCACGAAGCCGGCGAUCCGGAGGCUGGCGAGGAGGGGCGGCGUGAAGCGCAUCUCCGGGCUCAUCUACGAGGAGACCCGCGGCGUGCUCAAGAUCUUCCUCGAGAACGUCAUCCGCGACGCCGUCACCUACACGGAGCACGCCCGCCGCAAGACAGUCACCGCCAUGGACGUCGUCUACGCGCUCAAGCGCCAGGGCCGCACCCUCUACGGAUUCGGCGGCUGAGGGGCGCCGCCGCCGCCGCCCGGUGGCCGUGCCAAAAGUCUUGGGUCGCGGUCAAGAAAUCGCGGAGGAGGCGAGAUUGUUCUGGUCCAUAUAUGCUCUGUUUCGUAGGCUUACCAGUAGUGCUAAAUAUUGUUGGUUGGCGGUUUGGAUCAUUCUAGAGCCGCGGUCGAGUAGUACUGUAGUAGUAUGUGAAGCUGUAUGGCAAAGUUCACCUGCAUAUGCUAUCUGUUCUGAACUUCAGAUAUAUGAAUCCGGUGCCUUGCCGUGUUUAUGA